AUGGACGAUGAUAUUUAUGAUGAUCAACACCGAGACUGCGAAUUGCUUUCCUUGUCUUUAGCAUCAAAGACUAGUCUUGGCAAGAGGCCUCGCGAAUCAGAUUACAUGGCACUUCACGAUGAUCAUCGUGCUAACGUCGUCGACAUUGGUGAUCAUGAAGCUCAAUGGCUUACCUUGUUUACGGGACCAGCGGAUCACCAAAAGAGGAGGCACAUUGAUCCUAAUGAGGAGCCAAAGUAUGUAAAUCCAUUAAAUUUUGAAUGA